ACCUGACCUUCCCCAUCGUCGGGUCCUCUUAUAGCGUAUUUAAACUUUUAUUCUGGGGUAUCAUUAUACAAGGCAAAAGAUAUGGCCGACGCCGGACAGCAACGGCCUCUCACAGCUUUCGCUCCGCCGCCUCCUUUGUGGAAACACUUCACGCCGGAUAACCUCAAAAAGCUAGACCAGAUCAAGAAGAAUGCGUCGAAAAAUGAGGACGGGAAACUGCAAAAGAAGAAGUGGACGCCGGCUGAAUUGCAAGCUUUAGAUGUACCACCAGAGCUUCGUUUUCUGAUUCCACCAGAGAUACCCAAAUCAGGCCAUUACAGUGUGUUUGGAGAACUACAAAGCCUCUCAACAGCUCUCCCCUCCCUCCAAGAUCAAGGCAUUACACAGCUUUAUCCUUCCCCGCCAACAGGUGACGCCGACCGGGAACAAUCCUCAGAACCCACCCGGCCACUAAACCACGCGUAUUACCUCCUCAAGAUCAGCAAAUCGUUGCUUCUAAACUUCCUGGAAUUUGUGGGCAUUCUUUCGGUAGCUCCCGAGCAGUUUGAAUCCAAGGUAGAGGACUUGCGCAAUUUGUUCAUCAACGCGCAUCAUCUUCUGAACCUGUAUCGACCUCACCAAGCGCGGGAAUCGCUCAUUCUGAUGAUGGAGGAACAGCUGAGCCGUACCAGGGAGGAGAUUCAGCAAAUGGACAAGCUAAAGGAGGAAAUUACUGGAGCCCUCGAUCAACUGAAGAAGGACGGCAUUGACGUGGAUGCAGCAUCCGUCGAAACCCCUGAUAAUGACACAAAGAAACCCAGUGUUUCAGAAGAAAAAGUGACCGGAGAUGCGCGAUUGGUCUGGGACCUCUUGGAUGAGAACAAUUGAGGCUGAAGUUUUGAUCAAUAUGAAGCACUUAGUUCCCAGCAUCUCAAGCGUCCAAUACCAUGCUCUUCGUGCAUAACAAUUCAAUUGUUAUAGCGCUAGCUACAUUGUCUACAUUCGGAACCCACACAAGCAACAGCAAGGGAUGCAUCAUAUGAGCCAUCAGUCCAAUACGCCGUUUCUUUCGCACUCGUGA